ACGCCCCGCGCGCCCCCGCGGCCGGAAUCGUUCCGUCCGUCCGCGCAAGAUGGCGGCGGAGGAGGAGGUGGUGCAGGGCGCGGCGGGUCCCGGCGUCCUGGUCGAGAUCUUCAGCAGCCCCCUCAACGUCACCCUGCUGCUCCUCUGCCUCUUCCUGCUCUACAAGAUCAUGCGCGGCGACCGGCCGAGCACCGACGACCCCGCCGGCCAGGAGCCGCCACUGCCCCGCCUCCGGAGGGACUUCACCCCGGCAGAGCUGCGGCCCUUCAACGGGCAGAGCGACCCCCGCAUCCUCAUCGCCGUCUGUGGCAAGGUCUUCGAUGUCACCAGCGGCCGCAAGUUCUACGGAGAAGGUGCUCCUUACGGUGUGUUUGCUGGAAGAGAUGCAUCAAGGGGCCUUGCUACAUUCUGUCUGGAGAAAGAGGCACUAAGGGAUGAAUAUGAUGAAUUGUCCGAUCUCAAUGCCAUGCAGCUGGAAAGUCUUCAUGAGUGGGAAAUGCAGUUCAAUCAGAGGUACAACUACGUUGGAAAACUCCUGAAGCCCGGAGAAGAACCCACAGAAUACACUGAUGAAGAAGAUACAAAGGAAGCUAAAGAAUUGAAGAAGGACUGAAGUUCUGCAGCUGGGAGAGACCUAUUUUUGUAGAAUCGAUCACACAAGAACAUUGAAUUUUUGAAGUAAAUUUCUUGGAGCCUGGGGAGGGCACGAUUUUCACAACAGUUAAGAACUCAUCACUGCUGUGGAUGUUUUAUGUCGGGUGUAUCGAGUGAAACGUUGGAGAAAAAGCGUUGUAUGUAGGAGGUUUGCCAUUCCAAAUCUAAAAUCUAUAACAUUCUUCUUCUUCCCAAGGCAAUCCAGUCCAUAAUUAAGAUGUUUAAGAAGGAACUGCAGAUGCGGGGAAAAUCAAAGGUAGUCAAAAAUGCUGGAGAAACUCAGCGGGCGAGGCAGCAUCUAUGGAGUGAAGGAAAUAGGCAACGUUUCGGGUCGAAGAAGGGUUUCUAUUUCCUUCGCUCCAUAGAUGCUGCCUCACCCAGCUGAGAUUCGCCAGCAUUUUUGUCUACCUGUAAUUAAGAUGCUCAGUUCAUUCACGUUAAUAUGAAAUGUCUGUGAAAAUUUUGCCUCGUUUCUUUAAUAUUAGAUAGAGGACUAAAGGCCUUUGCCACAGUUUGUUCAUUCAGUUCAUGGAAGUUACCACAUAGUUCAUCCAAUUGAUGUCAACAUUUACCUUUCACAAGAGCAUUUUGUAUUAAUCACAUUGCUGAGACUGACCUUGUGUGUUGCCAGAGAAUUGAGCAACACACGGCCAUUUUACUGUUGUGUGGAGCUACCCUAAAGUCAGCUGUUAAUUUUGUCCAGUGGUGUAAUUUUUCUACUGCUUAUGCAACAUAGCCCUUCUAAUCAGGUGUAAUGCCUCAGUGGCAGUAUGUGAUAACAAUCAGAUCAUUUCUAAGGGUUGAUUUUGCAGGAAGUGUCACGGAAAGUCUAUCGGUCAAAUCCACAUUCUCUUUAAAAUAAUGAGCUUUUGAACCAAAUCAUUUUAAUAUGCACACAAAAUUAUUCCAGCAGGAUAUUUAGUUUGAGUGUCUUUUUUCUAAUUGAAGGAAUAACAUGAACUUUAAUCUUUCUUGUCUCAUCUUAUACAUUAGUCAUCAAGUGAAGAAGGGUGAAAGGUGAUUUCUUUAAAAAACUUUCAAAAAAUGAUAAGCACCCAUGUAUCUACUAACAAGAUAUUAUUGAAUCUGUUUAAAAAAUAUACCAGGUACUACUGGUAGCCUGUUUAUCUUUUUGUUGAAAUAAAAAAAUGUCACUACUUGGAAUUUAAAA